CUUCUGUUUUCUGCGUGAGCCUGGACCCCAAGACCAACACGCUGGCGGUGACGGGCGGGGAGGACGACAAGGCCUUUGUGUGGCGUGUGAGCGAUGGAGAGCUCCUGUUCGAGUGCUCAGGACACAAGGACUCGGUCACCUGUGCCGGCUUCAGUCACGACUCCGUGUUUGUGGCCACGGGUGACAUGUCUGGGCUUAUCAAAGUGUGGCGGGUGGACACCAAGGAAGAAGUGUGGUCCUUCGAGGUGGGGGACUUGGAGUGGAUGGAGUGGCACCCUCAAGCUCAUGUCCUUCUGGCGGGCACGGCUGAUGGCAACUCCUGGAUGUGGAAGAUCCCUAGCGGAGACUGCAAGACCUUCCAGGGCCCUGCGUGCCCAGCCACGUGUGGCAGGAUCCUGCCUGAUGGGAAGCGAGCAGUGGUGGGGUAUGAGGAUGGCACCAUGCGGAUCUGGGACCUGAAGCAGGGAACCUCACUGCAUGUCCUGAAAGGCCAGGAUGGCCACCAGGACCCCUUGACAUGCGUGGCCAGCAACCAGGACGGCAGUUUAAUCAUGACGGGCUCUGUGGACUGUCACGCCAAGCUGGUCAACUCUGCCACAGGCAAGGUGGUGUGCGUGUUCAAGAUGGACAGUGUGGCCCCCAAGGCCCCCACCAGCGAGGGUGAGGAGGCCGAGUCCAACUCCGUGGAGUCGCUGGGCUUCUGUAACGUGAUGCCGCUGGCUGCUGUGGGCUACCUGGAUGGCACGCUGGCUAUCUACGACCUCUCCACACAGAGCCUGAGGCAUAAGUGCCAACAUGAGUCAGGGAUCGUGCAGUUGCUGUGGGAGGAGAGCUCAGCCGUGGUGUACACCUGCAGCCUGGACGGCGCUGUGCGGCUCUGGGAUGCCCGCCUGGGGAAGAUGAUCAGCGAGUACCGAGGGCACUCAGCCGAAAUACUCGACUUCGCCGUCAACAAGGAUGCCUCCAUCGUGGUGACAACCUCCGGUGACCACCAAGCCAAAGUGUUCUGUGUGCAGCGCCCCGAUCGCUAGCAGCUGUGCUGAGGGACGGAGUCCUGGCCCUGCCAGGGGACUUGUGUACAGAGGGAGGGUGGGGAGAGGGGUUUCACCACACUUCUCCAGGGUGUGCUUUGUAAUUUUCCAGCCUGCCCCACUUCGCCCUCAUCAUCUGGGGGCUGAGCCUGGGGUUUUGUAUGAAAAUGUCACUUAAUUAUAUAAAUUAUUUCACUUAACU